UUGAUUUAGUAGGAAGUGCUGGAAGCACAGAGAGCCUCGCAGUGGGGUUUUUUUUCUCUUCGUUCUCUCCACCCCCUUCAUUGUAUAGUCAUUCUCCUUCCCGGCCAGGCACGCAGCCUGACAUGACAUAUGGAGCUGCUUCUACAUUAGGGGAGGGGAGGGGCGUCCCUGAAACAUUACACUGCAGGGUCAGCACAACAUGAAGGAUACCCUCACCCUCCUCUCUAGGGUUAGUGCCCACCCAGACUCCCGCUGCUGGUUUUUAGCAUGGAAUCCCUCUGGAACGUUGCUGGCUUCCUGCGGGGGAGAUCGCACUAUCAGGAUCUGGGGCAAAGAUGGAGAGGACUGGGUGUGCAAGUCAGUCCUUGGUGAAGGACAUCAGCGCACAGUCCGGAAAGUUUCCUGGUCACCCUGCGGUAAUUAUUUGGCUUCUGCCAGUUUUGAUGCCACCACUUGUAUCUGGAUGAAGAAGAAAGAGGAGUUUGAGUGCAUAACCACCCUGGAAGGACAUGAAAAUGAGGUGAAAUCUGUAGCCUGGGCACCUUCAGGAAACCUUUUGGCCACUUGCAGCCGUGACAAGAGUGUUUGGGUGUGGGAAGUGGAUGAAGAGGAGGAGUAUGAGUGUGUCAGUGUACUGAAUUCUCACACUCAGGAUGUAAAGCAUGUGGUAUGGCACCCUAACCAAGAGCUCUUGGCAUCUGCCAGUUAUGACGACACUGUGAAGCUGUACCGGGAGGAGGAAGAUGACUGGGUGUGCUGCACCACAUUAGAAGGACACACGUCCACUGUUUGGAGCUUGGCCUUUGAUCAGACGGGGUCGCAGUUAGCCACCUGCAGUGAUGACAAGACUGUGCGCAUCUGGAGGCAGCUAGGAACUGGAGAACAAGGAAACAAGAGUGAGCCCAAUUGGAAGUGUGUGUGCACUCUGACUGGAUAUCACACCAGAACUGUGUAUGAUGUGAACUGGAAUCAUGUGACAGGAGCCAUUGCUACAGCCUGUGGAGAUGAUGCCAUCAGGAUAUUUGAGGAGGAUCCUGGAUGUGACGACUUGCAGCCGACCUUCUCCCUGACUGCUCACAUGCCUCGUGCCCAUAGCCAGGAUGUCAACUGUGUGGCCUGGCACCCCAAGGAGACUAGUUUAUUGGCUUCAUGCAGUGAUGAUGGAGACAUGGCAUUCUGGAGAUAUCAGGGGGGGGGGGUAGGCCAGGAGGUAGGGGGGGGCAACACAGGGGAGGGAUUUUAGCGCUGAAGGGGUUGACUUCUCCUUUAAAAGCAAACAUGGUUGCUAUGGGUUACUGCUCCUAAAACAAACAUAGUGCCUUUCAUUACAUAUGGCGGGGGAUUUGUUUUACCAGAAGUAGGGAGCUACUUUGUUUACCCUUUCCUCUGAUGCUUUAUACUUUUUUUCAUCGCUAGCACAAAAUUCCAUAUGGGUACUAAUUAAAUUAAUAACAUUAGCAUGUCAGUAGCAUGUAUAUUGAUACUAAGUAUCACCACAAAUUUUCAGUUACCCAGGCAACCGCAGUGCUCCUUUAUCCUGCAGCAAUGACAAGCGGAAAUCGCUGUAUCCUAAUUUUACUAAAGGCACGUUGGCGUUGUUAGUGAUCAUACCCACUGCCAUUUUAACUGCUGCCCAAUGUGCAGGACAUUCCGAUAUGUAGCAGUCGUAUCAUUAAUGCAAAUGGAUAUUCCGGAUUGCAAAGUUUUGCUAAUAAUAUAAUAUGAUCACCGGGUAAGGGCUGCGAUCAAAAUAUGUCCUGGCAUUUCAAGUACACAGAGCCCCAAACAGUCCCAAUAAAUGACGAUUGUCUGUGGCACUUCCCAGCAGCCCCUCUGGCAUUUGCCAGAACCUUCAGAUUUCCAAUGGAGGCCUGAUAAUGACUCUUUAAUUGUGCAUUAAACUCAGGGCCGAAACAUGGAUGUGCACUGGGCACGGUGUUGCAUUGGGUGUGGGUAUCUAUAAUACAUUAUUAUUAACAUGUAUUUAUAUAGCGCCAACAUAUUGCGUAGCACUGUAUAUGCCUAUUUGGAAGACUUUACAGGACCCAUCAAGGUCACUGCACAUUGAAUGUUGCUUCAAAAUGCUAGUGGGUAUAUAACAUUGUAUUGCCUUUGUAAAUAAACCUGCAGAAGAGAGA